AUUGAAGGUCAUGCAUAAGCGGCUGCUUAAAAAUGCGUCUUCGACUGAAAUUUCUGAACAAAUUUCAUGUUUACGAAACAGCUGUAGCUGAUCCAACAGUCAUAGAGCUUUUGGAGUGCGCUUCCAAAAUUUUUGGCUUGAGAAAAGAUAAUGUUCAAAUUAGUUUAAACGCUAAAGAUUUCUAUGAUUCAAGUGAUUCACACCCACGUCUGCUGUCUGAACUUGGCGUUGUCAAUGGUGACAUUAUAUACAUUCGUUCAUUGGAAAAGUUAGAUGAUAUUAAAAAGUCAUUAGAAGCUGAAUUAGCUGAUCCCAUAUUUCGAUUAGCAAAUGAAUUGAUCACUUCACAACAGUACUCCUCAAUUUACUUUCUAGCUAUACCACUUUAUGUAUUUGCAGUUGACAAGGGAUUGAAUAGUGUAGAUAGCAUAAAUGAACAUUAUCAUCAAAGAAGUGUAUCAACAAUUAUCCGAUUGGUAUUCAAUUAUCCUCCAACGCCUAACAGAGUGGUAUUCAGUUUAUAUCAAAAUGGAAAUUUAUCUAUUAUUACAGGCAGUGUUCAAUCCCUUCCUGUACGAAAACAGCUUAUUCUACUGACAAAAGAUUAUUUGAUCAAUCAAAGUUUAAUAGACCAAUCCGUUGCCAGCAAAUCAAGCCUUUUGUACCGAAGAUUACGAUUAUUAGCUGUACGUAUUAAAGAUGAAUUAAUCGAACCUAUACUAUUGGCAUUGCAUUCAGAAUACAAACUCCCACCUAGAAUACAUUUAUGCACUCUACCGAAUGAAUUAUUUAGUCAUAUAUUAUCCUGUCUGUCAUUGUCUACACUUGGUUCACUUAUGUUAUGUAAUCAUGAUUUAUACAAUCGUAUACGUGGCUGUAAUACAAUAUGGCGUAUACACUUAGCUAAUUUAGAUGCUAAAAAGAAGCCGAUAUUAGAUGCAGCACUGAGUCGCCAGCAAAGACAAUUAAGACAACUUCAAGAACAGCAACAGCAACAGCAGCAACAACAAGGACAACCAGAUGAACCAGAUGCUUCAACAUCUGCUGGUAAUCAAGAUAACAGGAAUGAAUUAAACAUUCUAGUGAAUAAUGAAGAGAAUGUAUCUGGUUUAAGUAAAGAUUGUCUUAUACCACAGUAUACUUCAUCAUCCAGUUCAACGUUGAAUGAUUCCGAUUCCACAUUGCCUAACAAUCAUGUUACUCCUCAAUAUGAUGCUUAUGAGCGUUUUCUGGCCCGUCAUAAAAGUCUGUCUAUCCAAAGGCGAAGUUGUGGCAUUAGCCCAAGUAUUACAUAAUCUCCAAGAAAACGGGAAAAAGGGAAGAGGAAUGGUGAAUUCUUAUUGGCUUGAAGAUGCUUCCUUCUUUACUCGAUUCAAUAUAUUGUUUGUAAAAAAAACAAGUACUUAUGUCUGCAUCUCUCAUUGUUAUAUAACUCUGGAUGGUGCGUUCCACCCCACACACACACAUGCACAAAUGCAUACAUACCCCUACAUUUCAUUACUGCUGAUAUUUUCCAUUCAUACUUCAUCUGAGAAAACAGUUUCUCUCGUUGGUUUUUUUCUUUAGUGAUGUAAUUUGUUUCCAAAUUCUAUAUACUACUUAAAUUCAUGAAAUCAGUCCUAUCUACCAAUACCUACAUUACUUAAUUUCUACUCUUUUCUAUUGAAGAGGAAUCAUCAUAGACGAUGAUAAAAUCCC